GAUUGGAAUGUCUCAAAAACACAAAUCACUCGAGGGACUGAAUUGUUCUUCAACCAUCUCUCGCCCUUCUUACCUUUCAUCCAUCAACCGACAUUUGAUGCAUACCACACAGAUAAGAGACUGCUCCUUGGUAUGCUGUGUCUUGGGUAUCAGUACGGUGAAGAUCCGGACUAUGGGGAGCAGGCUGGUUCGGGUGUGAGCUUGUCGAUUCAGUGUUUCCAUCAAGCCCGUGCGCUCCUCAAGACUGACAAUGAAGACGAGCAAUUGAGUACCUCCUACAGUACAUUCGGUGUCCAGGCAUGCUUGCUAAUACAAUUGUAUACUAUGAUGUAUCUUUGUGGAAGCGCAUCGGCGUUUGGCCUCCAAACGCAUUCCAAGAUCAUCUCUCUGGCGCGAGCAGGUGGUCUGAUGCAGCCUCUAACGACUGAGGCAACAGCGACUGCGGAUCUAGAUUCGCUUUGGCAUCAUUUCAUAAAGUCUGAAGCGCACAAACGAACUUGUUUUGCUGUACACCAAAUUGACGCACUAUGGUAUCAGGUGCUCUCUGUUCCGCGAUCACUAUCACAUCUAGAGAUAAAACACGACCUACCAUGCCCAGAAGACCACUGGACUGCAGCAACAUCCGGAGAGUGGGCACAUAGACAGCUGCUUAUGCGUCAGGCUGGCUCUGCAGCGCAGUACCCAGAAGUCGUCCGACGGUUUCUAUCGAGCAAUGCGGAUCUUUACACAUUGCCACCGUUCGAUCCAUAUGGCACGGUCAACAUUACCCAGUUUUUGAUCUCAAGCGCUCGAGAAAUUUCAGGGUGGUCGACGAUAACUGGAAUCCUCAGUAUCGAAAGAGUCGAGCCGCUCCGAUCCUCUCUCGUGGCUCUGGAACCCUUCGCCCGGCCACAUGGAGGCAACUCAGAUCCAGCCUCGGCUUCUCUUGGCGAAAUUGCAUGGGAGACUGCAAUGAUUGAACUGCAAAUGUGGUCGCCAACACAUACUGGCGGCAUCAUUGAGAGCAGCAUGGAUGCGGUGCUAUAUCAAUUGACUGAACAUGCACCAUCGUGCGAGUUCUUGUGCGAAUCGCGGAUUGCAAAUUUGGUACAGCCACACGUCGACUGGUUCCUGCGAUAUCUGGAUGCGACAGUGAUGCCUGAGACGGAGGCACCAUGGGUUGUUCUGUAUGCAUACAAAGCUUUCAUGAUCGCGUGGCAAUUAGUUCGCGACGGGAUUAUAGGAUCAAUGCAGGUCAUUGGUAUCCAAGACGGUGAUACGCGGGCUGCUUUGAUAUGGGCGAGAAAGGUCUUUGGGCGGCGUCAGCGGUGGCAGCUGGGCAAGAUUGUCAUGAAGUGCAUAGAUCGGCUC